AUGGCGCCAGCAGGUGUAGUGAAAUCGACGGGAGGGGAAAUGAUAACCCGAGGGAAGUUUAAUUUCAUGUCCCAAUUAUUGCCUAGAUGGAUAAGAAAGUACGGUAUAGGAAGUGUGGACAAUAUUGGGGAUCAUGUGUGGAAAGAUAUAGAAGGUAUGUUCGAAGAAUUAAUUAGGAGGUUGAAUGAUGAUUCUACAGAGGAAAAAACUCUGUGCGUAGACAUCGAUAAGGAGGAUACUACAAAUACGACAAUUAAGAAAGAAUUAUGUAAAGCUCUAAUAAGAAUUAUUUAUUUUGUAAGUGGAAUUAAGGCAGGUAGUGGAAUAGAGAAGGGCUGGAAAGGGGGGAAGGAUAAAGGAGCAGAUGCUUAUCUCAGGUGUGUGGUCGGGAAGGUAACUACGGUAAAAUUAUUCGAGGACCAUUGUAGAAUAAACGAGGUGUCUAAAUACGUGAAACAGAAAGUUGAAGAGAAACUGAAAGAAUAUGGAGUUCAGGGGAGAUAUGAAAAGUGUAAGUUAGUAGAGUCCGAAGGAAUCAAUGUGGGGAAAAAAUUUGUUGGGGAGCAAAUAGAUAAGUGGGCAGAAGUAAUUAAAAGUAGUACAGGGAAGAUACCAACAAUAGUGGAGUAUAAUAAUUGUGUAAAUGAUAAUGAUGUGCGGAAAGGGAAAGGGGCAGAAAAGAAUAGAAAAAGGGAGCAUUUUUUAGAACUUUUAGGAAUAAAGGAGGAAGAAUUAACAAAAUUGGCGGACACAACUGGAAGUUUGUCAAAGGACCAAAUGAACACAGUACUACAGACACUAAAGGACAAACUAAAAAAAAAGAAAACCCCUUACCAAUGUUCCAAAAAAAAAGACAAUGGCGGAUUUUUGGAAGAUGAGGAACUAAAUAUUAGUGAUUGGUUUACAGCGUUUUCGAAUAAUGUAACAGAAGAAGACGAAGCUCAGUAUAAUGAGCUGCAAGGUCUAUUAGCUCUGUGCCAGCAUGAUGAAGAUGAUGAGGAAAUUAAGAAAUUAAACCUGAACAAAUAUGGCAAAUUCUGUGAAAUUAUGGUAAGGAAUAUAUUAUUAGUUACAGACGUCGGUAAGGAGUAUAAGAGCAAACAACAGAGUCCGUCACCAUGCAAUAAAAGCGUAAAGGGAAUUUCUGUAUGUGAUUUAUUGAAUGUUUGGGCAUAUUAUAUGGAGUGGUUUUGUGCUCCGAGAAGUGUAAUGGAACAUGCCUUUAAGCGGGUAAAAGAAGUAAGGGGGGAAAUGCCUGGAGAUGAGAACUAUGCGGAAUGUGCUCUUGAUGAUGUACCUAACAUUCCUUACGGAGACGGAAAUAAUAUUCUACCUGAAGUAUACUACUUCUUUCUCACAAAUAUGUUGUAUUAUAAGAUGGCAGAAGCAACUAAAGAAGAAUGGUGUGCAGAUAAGGAUCAACGGUCAUACACGAAAAAUGUGUCAGAGUUCGUGUCACCUGAACGGGCUGAUCCAGUCGUCGCCGAUGAUGGCAAACUGAACAAAUUGAAGAGCCUUGUUGAGAUGGUUGCUGAAGGAAUGGAACAAGAAAAAAAGGAAGAGGAAGAAGUGUUAAAAGACUUACAACGAACUGUUCAGGACGCCACAGCGGAACAACCACCGCUUCCCUCCUCUGAGGAAGGUGACCCAGGGAAGGAGACAUCCAACCACAAAGAUGAACAGGUCGAUCAGGAUCUAAAGACACCGAAAAUCGUUAUACCUCCCAAAACAAAACCAGGCGAAGACUGUAAUGGUAAAACCUCCUGUGAAUUUGUGAAGUGUGUAGCAGAAGAAUGGAGAAGUAUUAGAAACAAUCAAGAGUGGCCUAAAUUAUGGGAGGACACGACAAAUAUGAUCCAAUCACUCACAAAUGCCAUAUCUGGGAAGGAUACAUCUGAUGUGAGCCAAUAUUGUACGGACAAUAAAGAGGAAAGUAAAUCACUAAAUGCAGAAGAAAAAGCAGCAUGCGAGUCCAUUGCUAGGGGGUUACAAUAUAUAUAUAGUAUAAAACUAGAAGAGAAGCAAGGGAACCGUGUUGAGCACCAACGAUUUAAGCAAACUAUGUCUUGUGUUAUAUUGAAUGCGUUGAUAAAAAAAUUAAAAGACGAGAAAAAAGAAUCUUGCUCCGUAGACAAAGGCAUAAGUAAGGCUUUUGAAUCUACGAAUGAAAUUAAAAAAAAUAAAUGCAAAGAAGGACCAUGUGUUCCUUGCACUCAAGAAUACGAUCAAAAUUGCAAUGUCGCCGAAGGAACAGUACGCGAAAAACUGGAAGGAAUAUUCAAUGAGAGGAAUGACCAAAUACAACAAGUUCUAAAUGCUAUAUGUCCAGACCCACCUCCCCUACCACAAUCUACUCUUCGAUCUGAAGAGGACCAAGAAUUACCAUCCAUACCACCUCUUCUACCCACAGAAUCAGAAGGACGACCUGCAGGAGGCAGGGAAAAAGCAAGUGAAGCAGUUUUAGAAUCAUCCAAGGCUGCCGCACUCAGGAACCCCAUAGACCCUUCCGACCUUACUCCAUACCUUCCUUUGCCUCCCGUGUUCCUUGCUAUUUCUGCUAUGACCUACCUGCUCUGGAAGUACUUUGGAAUGCUUAGUAAAAGAAGAAAACGUUACAGAAGAGCUCAUCAAGUACGUGGUCCCUCCUUAGAACAACAGAUUGUUGACCAUGUGGAUCAACCUGGUCCACGUGAAUAUACCAUAGUAAAGGAACGCAAACCAAGAUCUGUUCCAAAAGGAAAAACGAAGAGUCAAAAAAAACAGGACCUGUGUCGCCGUGUUGAUCCUCGUGCUGGUGUACGUCGCCGCAUGAUUAUUGAUAUCCAUUUAGAAGUCUUAGACGAAUGUCAAAAGGAAGAUCUGCAUUCGACGAAGGAGGACUUUUUUGAAAUUUUGGUUCAAGAAUUCAUGGGAUCCAAGUAUAUGGAAGAAGGAAAUGUUCCUAAGGAACAGGUUCCAAGUUUAGAUUCCGGGUUGAGGGUUGAUGUUCCUAAGGAACAGGUUCCAUGUUCAGAUUCCGGGUUUUAG